AGAGAGCAGUUAUAAAGAGGCUGACUGAGCAGAGAGUGGAGGAGAAUUACAAGGUGCAGGAAAACAGCAGCACCAGACCAGACUGGGUGUCUGCUUGACUCACCACGACCUGCUCUGCACCAUGGGGAAGGACAGGCUGCCCAGCAAACCAAACAUCUUCCUCCUUCUUCUCUUCUUCCUUCCUGGAAAUACCUCUCCCAUCACAGAACCGCAGUAUAUGGUGCUGCUGCCCUUUCUGAUACACACAGAUUCUCCUGAGAAAGUCUGUGUUCAGCUAACCCACCUGAAUGAGUCUGUGACACUGAGUGCCACACUCGAGUACCAAGGGGAAAACAGGAGCUUGAUUGAUGAUGUGGUGUCAGAGAAAGACGUGUUCACCUGCAUCCCUUUCUCUCUACCAAAAUCCAAUAGCACAUCAGUGGCAUUUCUCACUGUGACAGUGAAGGGGGCCACACUGCAGUUCAAGAGCCGCAAGUCAGUGCUGGUCAAGAAUUCUGAGAGCUUGGUCUUCGUCCAGACAGACAAACCCAUCUACAAGCCCGGACAGACAGUUCUGUUUCGGAUCGUCUCUCUGGACAAAGACUUCUACCCGCUGAAUGAGAAGUUUCCACUUGUCUAUGUUCAGGAUCCCCAGAGGAACCGUGUGUACCAGUGGCAAGGGGUGGAACUAAAGACAGGUCUUACACAGCUCUCCUUCCCCCUCACCUCAGACCCCAUCCAAGGCUCCUAUAAAAUAGUCGUGCAGAAGAGCUUCUCAUCCCAUGUGGAGCACUCCUUCAGUGUGGAGGAAUAUGUGCUGCCCAAGUAUGAGGUCCUGGUGAAGUUGCCCAAGAUGAUCACUAUUAAGGACAACGAGAUUCCGGUGUCUGUCUGUGGUCUGUACACCUAUGGAAAACCUGUUCCUGGUUUGGUGAAAGUCCAAGUGUGCCGGAAAUUUUCCCAUUCUGCUUCAAGUUGUUAUGGAAAAGAAGCAGAAGCUGUAUGUGAAGAAUUUACUAGACAGGCAAAUGCUCGUGGGUGUGUUUCUGGUGCAGUGAAGACCAAGGUAUUUCAGCUCCAACGCAGGGGAUAUGAGAUGAGCAUUGAGGUACAAGGCAAGAUCACAGAAGAUGGCACAGGAAUAGAGAUGACUGGAACAGGCUCCUGUGGUAUCACAUCCAUCAUGAGCAAAAUCAGCUUUGACCUGCUGGACUCUCAGUAUAGACCAGGGAUCCCACUCUUUGGAAGGGUGAAGCUGGUUGAUGGCACUGGUGAUCCAAUUGCCAAUGAAACCAUCAUGAUUUCUGUGGAUGGAGACAGAUACAAGGGGAAUUACACUACAGAUGAGCAGGGACAAUCCUGGUUUUCUAUAGACACUACCACCUUCACACAAGCCUCCCUGGAAAUUCGAGCAGAUCAUAAACCUGAACUGAACUGUUAUGACAGCAACUGGAUCACACCAUCAUAUGAGCAUGCCAUGCGUAGAAUAAGUCGGUUUUACUCCCCCAGUAAGAGCUUCCUCAAAAUUGAGCCAAAGCCUGAGACUUUAAGUUGUGGCUCCCCUACAGAGGUGCAGGUGCACUAUAUCUUCACACGAGAAGCCAUAGGAGAGCAGAAGAAAAUUGCCAUUUACUAUUUGGUGAUGGCCAAGGGACGAAUUAUAUUAGCAGACACCCAUGAUCUGACUGUGAAUCCUGGAGAUGCUUAUGGGACAUUUCAGUUGACCUUCUCUGUUGAGGCAGCAAUUGCUCCCCUGGCACGGAUGCUUGUGUAUACCACUUCACCCAGUGGGGAAGUAAUCGCCAGUUCAGCAGAUUUUCAAGUUGAAAGUUGCCUCCCCAAUAAAGUGAAAUUGAGUUUUGCACCCAAGGAAGGUCUUCCUGCCUCCAAGACACACCUGCAACUCCACACCUCGCCAAGGUCCCUGUGUGCCCUCCGUGCUGUGGACAAGAGUGUUCUCCUUAUGAAGCCUGAAAAUGAGCUCUCUCUCAGCUCUGUGUAUGAUCUUCUUCCACUGAAGGAAAUUCGGGGUUAUAACUUCAAGGAGUACUACCUGGAAGAAGACAACAUAAACCCUUGUGUGUCACUUGACAAUAUGUUAUUAAAUGGAUUUGUCUACAUACCCGUAUCUCCUGAUGGUGAAGGCGAUGCCUAUGACAUUCUCAAAGAAUUGGGCUUAAAAGUCUUCACUAGCAGCAAGAUCCAUAAGCCUGAAAUCUGCCAGCAUUACCCAGGACACAUGAUGGAAAGGAGUUACAGUGGUUCUAUCACUGCAAUGAAUCUGCUUGACGCAUACGAUUAUGACAUGGUAGAAGAUCUGGAUGAUGGCAGUCAUGUGGAGACUGUUCGGAAGUACUUCCCUGAGACAUGGAUCUGGGAUAUAGUUUCAGUGAACUCUGAGGGAAAUGCUGACCUAGAUGUGACCAUCCCUGAUACCAUCACUGAGUGGAAAGCCAAUGCAUUCUGCACUUCAGCAGACACAGGCUUUGGCCUGUCCCCAACAGUGUCCUUCAGAGCCUUCCAGCCCUUCUUUGUUGAGCUCACCAUGCCCUACUCUGUAGUGCGUGGUGAGUCCUUCACGCUGAAAGCCACCGUUUUCAACUACCUGAACAGCUGCAUCAGGGUCAGUGUGUCUCUGUCUGAAUCUCCUCAUUUCCUGGCUACACCAGUAGAGAAGCAGGAAGAAUCCUACUGCGUCUGCGUGAAUGAAAGGAAAACUGUGGCUUGGGCAGUAACACCAAGAUCUCUAGGGCAGGUGGAGUUCUCGGUGAGCACUGAGGCCCUACAGAACCAGAAGCCCUGUGGGAAUGUGGUUGUGGAGACCCCAGGGAAAGGGAGGAAGGAUACGGUCAUCAGACAGCUGCUGGUGGAGCCGGAAGGGACUGAAGUGGAAACUGCAUACAACUCUGUACUCUGUGCAUCUGAAAAGUCAAUGUCAGAGUCAGUUUCCUUGGUUCUCCCAGAGACUGUGGUGGAUGGCUCAGCCAGAGCAUAUUUCUCAGUGCUAGGUGACAUCAUGAGCAAUGCCAUGCAGAACCUGCACCAGCUCCUCCAGAUGCCUUUCGGCUGUGGGGAGCAGAACAUGGUCCUGUUUGCACCCAACAUCUAUGUCCUGGACUAUCUGAACAAGACAGGGCAGCUGAGUGAAGAGGUCAAAUCCAAGGCCAUUGGAUACUUAGUGAGCGGAUAUCAAAGGCAAUUGAAGUACAAACACUGGGAUGGUUCUUAUAGCACUUUUGGGCCACGUUAUGGGCAAGUUGGAAAUACCUGGCUCACAGCCUUUGUCCUCAAGUCCUUUGCCCAGGCCCGGCCACACAUCUUCAUAGAUGAGAAGCACAUCCAGGAUGCUUUGGUCUGGCUUACUCAAAAGCAGAAGGAGAAUGGAUGUUUCCGCAGUUCUGGGACUCUCCUGAACAAUGCUAUGAAGGGUGGAGUGAAUGACGAGGUCACACUGACAGCCUACAUCACUAUUGCAUUGCUGGAGAUUCCUCUGCCUGUAACCAACUCGGUGGUGCGUAAUGCUCUGUUC